AAUUUGUGCAUUAUUCAGCUAUUCAAAGGCGGUCACACUGACUCAGACGCGAUUGAGAGAGCGCCGCUGCUGCUUCGAUGUACAAAUAAAAAUUUAAAUUAUUGCUAAACAUAACGCGCUUAACGGUAAAAAAAACAAGGAUGUCGAUGUCUUAAACGAAAAGUGUUGUUUAAACCGAGUGCAAAACGAGCGAGCGCAUUUGAAUUGAAUAUUGUGCAAGUGCAAGGAGUAGAGAAAUUGCAUCUAACGCAGCUUCUCAAAUCUAAAUCGGCGGCAGGAAACCAACAACGGUCGUGAAAAAAAGCCGUCAAGUAAACGAACGAAAAAAUCUGUGAAACGAGUUAAAUUAAAACCCUAAAAAUGGGUCUCAACGGCUGCUGUUCGUGUGUUAAAUAUUUGAUGGUCCUUAUAAACAUCUUAUUCUUGCUCAUCGGUUUGACCAUUGUGGUCACCUCGCUGUGGAUGCUAACGGAUCCCACGUUCAUGCUGUCGAUGACACAAUCGUAUAACCAUUAUCACAUAGCACUCUACGUCUUCCUGGCGAUUGGCAUACUAAUCACACUGGGUGCAUUCUUCGGUUGCUUUGGCGUUUGUCGCGAGAGUCAGUGCCUGCUUAUCUCGUUCUUCUGUGUCAUACUCAUUGUGAUGGUGGCACAAAUUGCAGCCGGUGCCUGGGCCUUCCACAACAAAGACAAACUGGAUGAUAUUGUGCGUGCGGCGGUCAAAUCAUCUGUUCAGGAAGAGUACGGACAGUCUAGCAUGAGUUCACGGACCGUUACCUUUGAUACGCUGCAAAAGAAUUUGAAGUGCUGUGGCGCAGAUGGACCUGGAGAUUGGGCCACGAGUCGUUUUAAUAAUGUGGAUCGCACGAAUAUCGUUGAUAUUGCCGUCUCCUCGAUGAACGUAUUUUACAAUAUACCCGAAUCGUGUUGCAAAGAGGGUCUCAACGACUGUGAAAAGUCGCGUAUUUUGAAAUUUGGCGGUCCGUUGAAUACGUCCAUUUAUCAACAGGGCUGCGUUGAUAAGCUGAUCGACAUCAUUUAUGAGAAUUGGGCUACUAUUUUUGCAAUUACCGCCGCUGUUAUUCUGCUGGAGCUGCUGUCCCUGACCUUCGCAUUGAGCCUGUGCUGUGCGGUGAGGAAUCAGCAUUACAAGGCCUGAGAAUUACAGAAUUCCCAUAGGGAAAUAACGGAUGAUGAGAAGUACUAACAAACCAAAUGUAAACUAAAGCAUAAGCGUUACUAAAAGCAACAACAACAACAAAAGCAAAAACAAUUGGAGCGAAAGCAAUGCAUUUAACACUGACAGCGGCAUUGGCAAAGAGCUGUAGCUGGCUACAUUUGAGGGGGCUGUCAGUCGUUGCAAAUACUUUAAUACACUUUUGUAGUACUUUAACAAACAACAACUGAGCUGAGCAAUUGUGGCAGACUUGGAAUUAACGAAGAGUCACAGUAAUUGAAUGAACUUUAUAUGAACUUGAGAUACGCAAAAACUUUUCUAAAAUUAUUCUACAUAAACAAACCGAAAACAUUUUACAAUACAAAAACACACAACUCUUUACACAGCAGUAAACUCCUUAAUAUUAGGAUAGUCUAACCGCAUAAGGCGAAAAGUUUCAAAUUAAAACAACAAAUUGCAUAAUGUUUUAGCAAUACAUAAAUAAAUAAAUAGUACGACUCAUAUACUAUAAAGAAAUCAUAUAAUAAAUUAACAAUUUAAGCACAAAGUAAAAUCUUAUUUGCCAAAACACAGAAGUAUAAAUGCAAUCAUAGUUUUCGUUUCAAAUUUGUUGUUUUGAUGUUCGAAACAUUUUUGAAUCGUAUGCAAAUUUGUACGUGCAUAACUUACAAAAAAAAAAAAAAAAACCUUUCAAAUGAGCAUUCCACAAGUGAAAAUGAUUAAAAUGCCAUCAUUCAGUUCUGAUUCGGCAUUGAAAUCCAAAGAUCCAAACCUAAAAAAAACACUUAUCAUUUCUCUUGUGUAAAAUCAUGUGCUAAAACUAAUAAGUAAACAUUAAAUGAAAUUCGUUGAGCUUCGCGAAAUUAAAUGCCAAAUAUUUUAUGUAUUUACAAAAUUUGUUCUAACAUCCAAUGUUAAAAAAGAGCGCACUGUUAACUUAAUGCCAACUAGCUGCCAUAAGAAGAAGCGCUGCUGUAGUUCAUGCACUGUUCGACAUGCUGUUAACUAACAGCCCUCUGUAAAUGACCCUGCCAUCAAUUAAAUACGAUCGAAACUACACUCACACCACGCUACUCACACACACACACAAACUCAUCCGAUCUAAACAUAUGUCAAAUCAGACUACUUGCAAUUUUGAAUGAAUAAUUAUUUAUUGUUAAUCAAAGUACAAUUAUUUAUACAAACAGUAACUUAAAAAAUAUAUAAUGGAAAAUAAAACACGAACUAAAAUUUUUGUUUACUUAAAAUAAAGAUCGAAAACCCCCUAAAUACAUGCAUCUACAUAUACACAUACAUAUAUAAACGCAUACAUUCAUAUAUGUAUUUUGUUGAACUCUGUUUUAUUUUCAUUUCAUACAUACAAGCGAAACUACACGAAUUUUUGUAUUUUUACUAUUGUUAAAUGUAUUUUGUUGGUAGCUAAACGUAGCUGAGCGUCAUACUUUGUACCCUUCACAACGUUAAAAUAAAUCUAAUCUACAACCAAUCCAAUGACAAAAUUAAAUUAAAUUUACAUAA